CCGCCAUCCACGGAACCGGCGGGAGCUCCGGGACAUCCCAGGGAGCAUCUCGGAACGCUCUGUGGGCACCGGGACAUUCCAGGGGGCAUCCCGGGAUACUCUCUGGGCACCGGGACACUCCGGGGAGCAGCACUGGGACACCCCGGCACCGAUCCCGUAGCUGAACUCUUCGUCGUUUUGUUUUUAAAUCUUCCCGCUCGGGAGCGAGGUGUCCGGGCUGCCUCUCCCGAGGCCGGGUAGGUGCUUAGGAGCGGGAAGAGCUGGAGGAAAUGGCUCUUCCUGCAAGUCUUGACAGACUCGGGCCCUGUUUGACAGAAGUAGCAUAUCUUCAAAGAGGCGCUCAUUGAAUUAUUUUUUAGGAUAGGAUCCACCAUGCUUUUGUCCCGUCACGGACUGCUGCGUGGUUUGUGGCCCAGUGUUGAUUUUUUAAUAUGGGGCUCUGGGCCUUUUCCUUAUAUAGUGAAGAGUGGAGGGAAGAGAAAAUAUAUUAGCGGGAGGAAAGGCAGGUUUGUGAACUGUUGCUUAAAAGAAAGGGCUGUAUUUCCUGUGUUGCCAUGUCUGAAGAUGCUUUACUGGAAGAGGAGGACAUUUGGGAAUACAAAUCUAUUAGGAAGCAAAAGCAUCAAGGUAAUUCACAGAGUGUCUCUACACCUGCACAGGAAGUAAGUGGCAAUGGUAGGCCAAAAAGAAAGAGAAAUAGGAAAAAGAAAUUAGUGGAAAAAACUGAUACACCGCAGAAAACCAAGCAGAGAUCACAGCCAAAUCAGGAUGUGGAUCAAUGUAAAGAUGACAGUAGUGUGCACUCCCAGGAAAGCGUGAGUAGCCUGACGGAACAGAGCUCACAAAAGGCAAAACCCGUGCAUGAUGGAUACUGUCCCAGCUGCCAGAUGCCUUUCUCUUUGCUAGUGGUCCAGACACCUCAAUGGCACGUUGAUGAAUGUUUGGAUACUCCAGGAUCCAUUGCAAAAGAGUGUCCUGAUGGUUUGCUGUGUACUUCCACUAUUCCAUCCCACUACAAGCGUUACAGCCAUUUUCUACUUGCAGCAAACAGAGCAGGAGAUUGUCUUGUAAACUCUUCAGGAAACACUUUGGAGAUGACAUGUUCUACUACUGCAAAGCCCAGCUGUUUCCCCAGUCAUGUAGAAGAAAUCUCCCAGAAUGAGAAACCACCUAAUGAUACAAAACAUGUCCCUAAUGAGGACUGUGCAUUGAUGGUACAGAGUUCACUGCCAAUGAAGUCUCCAAAUAUAAUCAGUAAAAGUACUUCCUUGUUUGCAGAUGUUCAGAAACCUCAACAGACAUUUCAGCUUACACGGACCACAGAUAAUAGUUGUAAAUUUGAAUUUUUUGAUUUUGCAUCCUCUCAAGAAAGUGAAACAGGAGAAGAUCUGUGUAGUCAGAAGGAUGCAGGUCAUCCAAGUCUACUAAAGUCAAAAGUGGACUUCAAUGACUGUGAAAUUUCUUACUCUCCACUGAGUACAUUUGAGGAAAGUGAAGAGGAAGCUGAGGAAGAGGAGGAGAAAGUAGAAGUGUCACAGGAUAAAUUAUUCAAAGUGCAGAACUUGGAAGAUGAAGACUCUAGUUCUGAGGAAUUUAAAACACUUGAUGAGCUUCUCUUACAGAAGAAACCUCAGUAUGAGCAUAGCAAAACAGGAAAUUUUGUAAUUAAAAAAACCCUCUGUGAGGAAAUAAAUACAUUGAACCACCUGGAUCAUCAGCAAGGGGUGGUAGCCAAUGGGUCCUCUUUUACUUGUAAUUGUGAGGAGGCUGAAGAGCCAGGUUUGAUUUCCUCUGCUGCCAAAGCAGGUAACACAGAGUCAGGAGGUACUGGUGCCUGUGCUUUGGAUUCUGCGUACGUGAGUUUUACUGAGACAUCAUCACUGCUAGGCAGAGAAGAUGCUGGCUGCCUUCUGACACAGAAGAGUAAUGUUUUGAGGGAGCCAAGUAACAUUUUAACUAAUACAGAAAAAGUGACUGCCAAUGCAAUUGAAGAAAUACCUCGCCAGGAGAGUUUGCAGACAGUAGCGGAGGAAAAAGGAAAUCUUAAUACAGCUGCUGUGUGCUUUCCCAGCCCCAGCUCUAAGUCAGCAACAUCUCUUUCUUUAGCAAACAUGAAUGCUAAAUCCAGUCCUGCCAAAGAACUCAAACAAAUGGAUAUUGGUGUUUUCUUUGGGUUAAAACCCAAAGCAAAAGAGGAAAGUAAAGGAGAGAUGUGUUUGAGUGAGAGAAAGCAGAUACCAAGUUCAGUAACUCCCAAUGGAAAGAGGCCCAGACAGCAAAAAAGGAAAGCUGAGGGGUCUGUGGAAGAUGUAGAAGAAGUUACAGAAAGUUCAAGUAAAAAUGAAGCCAUUGCAGAAGUAAGUUCUGGUGGCCGACGAAGGUGGAGAAAAAAAUUUAAAGAAUUACCUGCUACAGGUGAAGGACCAAGGAAAAAAUACUGCCCUUUCUACAAGAAAAUACCAGGAACUGGUUUUACAGUUGAUGCUUUCCAGUAUGGAGAAAUUGAAGGCUGCACAGCUUAUUUCCUUACUCAUUUUCACUCUGAUCACUAUUGUGGGCUAACAAAAAACUUCAGGUUUCCAAUCUACUGUAAUAAGAUAACUGGCAAUCUGGUGAAGAGCAAGCUUCGAGUCCAAGAGCAGUAUGUUCAUGUGCUGCCCAUGGACACGGAAUGCACAGUGGAUGGGAUCAAAGUAUUGUUGCUUGAUGCCAAUCAUUGUCCAGGUGCAGCAAUGAUCCUUUUCCGUCUACCCAGUGGAACUGUUAUUCUGCACACAGGAGACUUCAGGGCAGACCCUUCCAUGGAGCGCUACCCUGCUUUGGUUGGUCAGCAAGUCCACACCCUGUACCUCGAUACAACAUACUGUAGUCCUGAAUAUACUUUUCCUGCGCAGCAAGAGGUGAUCCAGUUUGCUGUCAACAUCGCCUUUGAGACAGUGACUCUAAACCCACGUACUCUGGUUGUCUGUGGCACUUACUCCAUAGGAAAAGAAAAAGUUUUUUUAGCAAUUGCUGAAGUUCUGGGCUCAAAAGCAAGUAUGUCCCGUGAUAAGUAUAAAACACUGCAGUGCUUGGAGUCAACAGUUGUUAAUUCCCUCAUCAGUGUGGACUGGAAUGGUUCUUUGCUUCAUGUUCUUCCCAUGAUGCAAAUUAAUUUUAAGGGCUUGCAAGGUCACUUGAAUAAGUUUUCUGAGAAUUUUGAUCAAGUUCUGGCUUUCAAACCUACUGGGUGGACCUACUCUGAUUCAUGCCUUUCUCUGGCAGAUAUCAAACCUCAGACAAGAGGAAACAUCACCAUAUAUGGGAUUCCUUACAGUGAACACAGCAGUUACCUGGAAAUGAAGCGUUUUGUUCAAUGGUUGAAGCCACAGAAAAUCAUCCCCACUGUAAAUAUUGGUGACUGGAGAGCCAGAAGCUUGAUGGAAAAGCAUUUUAGAGACUGGAUGAUUGAGGGCAGUGGGCAUAAUUAAAUAUAAGAAAGAAUGUGUAGUUCAAAGGAGGUCGGCUGGAGUGGGAACUGUGAGUUCCUGUAAGUUUUAUUUAUCUUCUAUUUCCACAGAGCUUUCUUUAGGGAGGACUAAACUACCAUUCUCUGAGGAAAGCUGAAUUUGGAAAAAGAAAAAAAGGCACCUUGCUUUCUUGUGUAUCCACUACUUUUUUCCCCCUGUAACCUGAAUUUUUUGCAAGUACGUAUUUCAGGUUAUUUUUGUCUUACAUCUUUUUCCGCAUUCUUAAUUUUUCUCAGAUUAUCGAGUUGUGCAGAUUUGUAAUGCUGGGGAUGAAACAGUCUCCAGGCUAAUAAUUUCUGAACAUAAGUUAUCGUAAUGAAAGAGACAGUACUAAGCUUAUGUCACAUGCUGUCAACUCAGGCUUCAGAGAAGCUUGUUUCAUGAGGCAGAACUGGUUAUUGUGAUUUAAAUCUUGUAAACAAAACCUACCUUGUGAGAGAGGAUUGACUCAGGCUCUGGUAACAUGUGUACUUCAGAAAAUGUUUUAUAAAAGACAUUGCUACCUACAUUCUGCUCAAGAUU